AACUAACAACAUGCAUUCGCCACGGCCUAAACACUAUCCCAAAUACCAUCGUUUCAGCACUCCUUAGCGUCGUCGUCGAGAUUCGAAAUCUAAAUAUAAGCGCCGUGGCGACUCGACGGACGUCUCCCAUUUAUUAAUAGCAAUUCGAACGUGAAUCUCUGUGGAGUUUUGUGUUUCUCUUUCCUUCGGUCAACGACGAUUACAGUCAUUCGAGAUUUGAAACUUCGUUGAUUUGUAUGGUGCAGGAUGCAUUUGUGAUCGUCGUUGUACCAAGUGAAAGAGAAAUUCGGAGUUGAGUGACUAUUUUUUGAAAGUGUUUGUGCAUUAGGGUGGACUACAUUAUUACAGCCUCUAAUGAUGGAAAAACUUUCGCAAUCGGCCGUAAUUCGGUGACCGUGACGUAAUUGUGAGGAAUGUUCAUCCCUGACACGCUGCGCAGCUGCAUGGUGGAACCCGAUGUAUCCUCAUAUCUGCAGACCCCGUCCACGGGACAGGACGAAUUUCAUCCUUUCAUCGAGGCACUUUUGCCUUUUGUUAAAUCAUUUUCCUACACAUGGUUCAACCUGCAAGCUGCAAAAAGAAAAUAUUACAAAAAACAUGAAAAACGAAUGUCCUUGGAGGAGGAAAGACAGUGUAAGGAGGCUUUACAGAAUGAGAAGGCGGAAGUUAAACAAAAGUGGGCAUCUCGUUUGUUGGGAAAACUGCGAAAAGAUAUUACUCAAGAAUGUCGUGAGGACUUCGUCUUAAGUAUAACCGGUAAAAGAUCUGCCGUUUGUGUCCUUUCAAACCCUGAUCAGAAGGGUAAAAUGCGCAGAAUAGACUGCCUUCGUCAGGCUGAUAAAGUCUGGCGACUUGAUCUCGUUAUGGUGAUAUUAUUCAAAGCAAUUCCUUUAGAAAGUACGGAUGGUGAAAGAUUAGAAAAAAAUCCCGACUGUUCGCAACCUGGACUUUGUGUUAACCCAUAUCAUAUUAAUGUAUCUGUGAGGGAACUGGAUCUCUACUUAGCUAAUUUCAUCAAUAGUCACGAAAUAUUAAGUGGAGUAUGUUAUAAUAACAAUCAUCACAAUAAUAAUAACAAGAAAGAAGAUGACAGAAAAAAUAAAGGAUAUACACACAAUCCAUACAACGGCGUGGUAUGUAACGACAUCAUCCUAGCAACAGGAGUAUUUUCUUCCAAAGAACUGUGGAAAUUAUCAAAAUCUUCUAUCCUGCACGAACUUUCCGAAAGUCACCCGAACAUGAACAGCGUGAAAUUAGAACAUCCAACCUUCUACUGCAACAGUUAUCCAGAACCAGGUCCUGUAGUUGUGGAUCGAUCGUCUUCUGUAGAUUCCAUGGUGGUAUCAGCUACAUACUCUAUGCCACAGAAUACCACAUUAGUUUCAUCAAGUUCACAAGCAAGUCCCAGUACCUUAUUUUAUCAACAUAGUCCAGAAUCUCAUAGUCAUCAAAAUCAAGUGAAGUAUCCAGAAAAUGGGCACGAUACACUGUCAGAUUUUGUAACUUUCGUUUGCCAGGAAACUGAUAAUAACCAAAACGCACAGAUACAGUCAAAUAUAUCACGAAGUCCUAAACCACAGUAUUUUCCUUCUACAAUGCUACCGCCUCCUCCACUUCCCCCGAUGGCACGGCCAGUAGCAAUAAUCCGGUCGACAUGUGACGUUAACAUGAGUGGAACAAACUCUCCACCAGCGAGCAUAACACCCCCGUGUAGUGAAGCUUCACCAGCAGACGAGGUACCGGAAAUAAACUCAUCACCACCACUUAGCCCUGGGAGCCAUGACAUGCGGAAAUCACCAUCACAAAGAAAUUCCGUCCCGACCAGUAGUCCAUACUCUCCUAGUCGGGAAUAUUCUUUUAAUCAUUUCCACGGGCAGCCGGGACAUCUAUUCAGCUAUCCCAGUAUGGCGGGGAUGUCUGGUGUUAUCAGUCCUACGAACCUCAGUAUGUACUCACCCACGGUGAGUACGGCGAGAGGUACACCCCGCUCUAGCAGUAUAACAAGAUGGAAUAAUCCACUGUUUACUCUGGACCAAGAGGAUUUCAGUAUGAUUACUCAUACAUCCAACGCGGAUUCGGGAGCUAUAAUCCUAAUGGAUGAAGCAUCUCCUUCAACAGCCCCAUCUUCGUCCGAUCAUACGGGACAAUGUUGUAACAGUGCGAAUAUGAUUUGUGAUGCGGAUCGGUUUUUUCAAGCUGGGGACACCUUGGAGGGUUCUGAUUCCAGGGAAAAUGAUCGAAACCUGAUCGCACCAAAAUCUCCUUAACUAGCAAAAGACAAUAAAAUACCGCCUUAUGAUUGUUAAGUUGCUUUAUGCGUGACUGCGUGUGUUUAGAGGCCAAUCUGUGAAUAAUUGUUGAAUGUCUAUAAAUUUUGUUUUAAACUGCAUUUCUCAAAUCGUGAGUAAAUUUGGAAAAAAUCUUAUUGAAUGAUUUGAAAUUGAGAGUUGAUUGAUUGGAAAUAAAUUCAGGCAUUUCGGUAGCCCCCAUUUAAUCGUUGGGGCAUAAUAGUUCAUCAAAAGUAAUAAAAGGUCAGUUGCUUCUAUAAAUAAGAUCGUUUGAAUUGUGAUUAUUUAUAUUUUCUCACAGGAGAAAUGCGAUUUAAUAAGAGAUUUUUAGCAGCAUGUAAAUUUAAAUACUUUUAUAGAUUGGCCAACUAGUAGAUGCUCAACUAAUGUAUAAUUAAGUUUAAUGUAGAUUUGGGUGCCAAGACAGGCUGUGCAAUUGUUCGUGUAGGAUAUUUCAAAACGUUUGCGACACACUUACGAUAUGAAAACUACCUACACUCAGGACAUAUUCAGAAAAUCGAAGAAAUAGUUACAACAUUCCUAACAUCUAUAAUGAAACAAAACGCUCUCCCUUAUUUUUGAUAAAACCGUAGGAAUAAGAAAUGUUCAUUUUUGUAAUUUUCUAGUGGGUUCGUGCCUAAUAAAUCGUGUACCUAUUUUAUGUAUUCCAUUUAAUAAUGUAUAUUAUAAAGUUGAUUUCAUAUACAUAUACGUAAUUGAUUUAUUGUUAGAAUUAUUACAAAUAAAAUGAAAUUUUAACUCAUUUGUAAUAUGGAUUAUUGAGAAGCUUAUGGAAAAUGGAAUAUUACCAUACUCUUUUUUUCAUUUACUUAUGUGAUGAGAGAAUUUUGAAAAAAAAGUUACAUAUACAUUUUUAGCACCAUCGACGGAUGGAUUGACUUAGCAAAUGUCGUCCAACUUCUACGUGACAGGCUUCCAGGUAAUGGAAAAACCCGUUCAUGUAAUUCCGAAUAGCUUUGACUGUUAUGUUAUUUGCUUCCACUCUUAUUCUGGUUGUUUAUAUGUUUCCGAAUCUAAUGACGUUAAGCUUGCGAAUAUUGAUGGUCAUGCAAUUGUACCAGUGCUAAUAUUUUCACGACUGACAAUAAAUCAAAAUGUGGAAGAGCGUUGUGUUGUUAAAACUAUAAUGUUUCAAUAAAUAUACUUCAUUGGGAAACAUAACAGCUAGAUCAAGGUACUAAUUCAUAUAUUAAAAAGUUUAAGUAGCCUUUAACUGGUACUCUUAUUCGGACGCAAUCAUAAACAUCUAUAAAAUAUUCUUUUGAGUCUUUAUGCACUUAAGACGUAACAUUCCGAGAAUGUCAAUUACCUGGAAGUCCUUUAAAUAAUCAAGCUAAGCAAAGUGAAUUACCACAACUUAAUCUUCACAGAAAAGCUCUAGCCGGGAGGAUAUCUUGGUUGAAAAUCUUACGAGUAUCUAAUAAUACUACAACACUUAAUCUGUUGAUUCAAAGGAAAAAAUAGUAUCUUAACAUAUCCCUUUGAAUAAGUCUGAAGAAACUGAUUUAUUUCCACAAUACGUUUUAAUAUGAAAUCAAUGUUAUCAUAGAUGUGUCACUUUCUAAAUUUAAUCAGUACUUGGGUGACCUAGCAGCCGUAUAUGGAAAUUCGAAAUACUUUGAUCAAAAAUUGCUCCAAAUUUAACAAAAAUUGGAACAUUAAUAUUUCACACAUUAAAAUUAUUCUUAAAUUCAUUAAAAAUUUGAGGUUUAAAGCGGGUCCAGAAUAUAAUGAUCCAUCUCAGUAUAAAAGAAUCUUCAUUUGUUGUAGUUAAAUUUUUGUAGAAACUGUAUGGAAUACAUUGCACAUAAAAUUUGGAGAGAAUUGUUUUGCGCUAGGGGAUAAACGGUUAGAAAUUUUGUAACACUUCAAAAGAGUUCAUUUACGACCUCAAUAUGAUCUCGUUCCUGGACUUGAAUGAAAAAUUGAACAUAUGAAAAUUUUGAUAAUAUUGAACAAAAUCUAUAUAACGAAUGAAGAACCAAAUUGAUAUAUUUUUAGUGGUAGGUGUAAAAAAGAACACGUUGACUUAACUAAAAAUAUAGCACGGCUUGUUUAAUUUCAUUCAUCCUAUCAGAAUAUUCCUCAAUAAAAAUAAUUUGAGUCAACAAAAUUUUUUGGCAAUAAAUUUGAUAUUUUCAAAAUGAUAAAUAAUCGAAAUAUCUAUCUUAUUUAUUAAUAUUUUUCUAUACAAUUCCAUAGUUGGAGAAUAUUGGAAAAAUACAAUAAUCUACAGGGUGUAUCAAAAUAACAGAUCUUUAGAAAACCAGAAAACUGUUAAAAGGAAUUUUGGAAAACCCAUAAAUUAUGUAAAUUAUUUGAAUUAUAAUGCUUUCAAUUGGAAAUUUGUAGAAAUUUUCAAAUAAUUUGUCUUAUUUUGUAUAUAACUUAAAAUAUUUUUAGAUCCCAUAGUAUUAGAAAAUCGAAUUUUAUAAAAAAAUUAGCAUGCGUAAUCAAAAAAUAUACUUAUACAAUAAUUUUAAUGUAAGUCAAAAUGUAAACUUUCAUUAAAAUUCUAUAAAUUUAUUUUGAAAAUAUCUAAAUAUUGUAUUAAAACCGAUUUUUCAAUUUUUAUACCAACUUUGAGGUAUAUUAAGUUUGGAUCGAAUGUCCAGCAGUGCUUGUCUUCCACAUACGAGCUUAUUGCGUGAGCAAGCAGUGAGCUGGAUCUGUGCCUUAGUAUUACAAUAAUACUGAUAAUAGAAUAAACGUAGUUUAGUUAGGGAUUCGAUAAUCGAGCUUUUUUGCUCACAGUGCAUUACACAAGUGGAUUUAUACUUUUUCAGUUUAUAGACAAUUUAUUACUUUAUCACAAUAUCGCAUUAGUUGUCCUCCUAGUAAACUAGUUAAGGAGGAGAGUUCGGUUUUGAAGAGUCCGUUCUAAUAGAUAUCUUUUCAGUCUUAAGUUAUUUACUCUGAAAUUUAAGGUUAUAUUCGAUUAUUGACAUGCUCAUCAAUAAACUCCUUCAUAUCUGCUUCAUUUUCUUUUGGCUGUUUUGGUUUAGAGAUCUUAAUACAGAUUUAGAUCUGGAGAUUUUUUAUUGUUCUAGCUUAAUGAAUAUACCAUAGUUUCAGAUAGAAAUCAUUGAAUAUAGGAUAACAUUAAAUUUCUGUCAAUAAGAAGUAUCUUUCAUUUUCAUAAUCAUUUUUUGUUGGUAUCCAAUUUUGAUUAAUUUAGAUAACAUAGUUUCAGUGUUUCUCAAUAGUAAAUUCUUAUGGAACAAUUCCUCCCUUUCCUCUCAUUAAAUCAAUAUUAUAUCAAAAUUAUAUUUCAUAAUUCAUAUGAUUUCAAAAUAUUAGAGAAUAACUUGUCUGUGAACUGCGAAUUUGUAAAUUCCGUAGUAAAUUCACUUAUAAAGUACGGAAGACUUUAGCGUCACAGAAAUGUGAUAAAGUAUACUUUGUAAUUACUAUGUAAUAACUUUUUAAAGUGCUUAUGAUUUCGAAAUUAUAACCAAAAGUGUCUCUAUAGUAACUACUUGUAACUAUGUAUAUGGAAAAUAAUGAAAAUCAACAUUUUAAUUAAGGAAUACUAUUUUCUGAUCUCAAAUUCAAAAGUAUUCAUUCGAAACUAUAGUUCUCCUUCCACGCAAUGCAUUUUCAGUAUGAACUUCCUUUUUCCAAUAUAAAAAAUUAUUGCAGUAAGGAGCAUCAGACGAAUUCGAUAAACUAGUCCAUAGUCUAAAAACAUGUAGAGAUAUCACGAACAAUGCUCAUCAUAAAAAGAAAGUGGGCGAUGUCACUAACGUGUCAUCAACAGAGUCGCUAUUUAGUACUGUAAAUGUAUCAUAAUCUCAGUGCCUAAGUAACCAGAAGAUAUGAGGAAACGGACCAGAAAAAAAUAUUUUAGGCGCGUCAAUCCAUAAAAUAAAAUAGAAUUAGUAUCAUUAGCAAUCUAGAGUCUGAAGAGCUACAGUUGUCGCUAUUAACACUUUACUGUAACAAUUUUAUUUCGAAUAUUUUGUUCCUUUUGGUGGCUCUAACUAGCUUGUGCCAAUAGGAGAUCUAAGAAAUUUAGUUCCCAGUGAUAUGGCAGUAGAUGAAGAAUUAUUACUUCAUGAUUUGUGGUAAUUUCCUAGCUAUAUCAACAAUUAAACUUUUGGCAAGCUUGCUUCAUUAUGCAUGUUUUUCACGAAGUAGGAACUUGCUCUAAUCACUAGCUAUAAAAUAUUAAAAGCAUCCAUGUCUACUUACUAGCAUUGAAAGGUCAACUCGUAGAAAUUCCUCAUUACUGCCAAUAUGAGUAAUAAUAAACAUCCGGGUGGUACUUUGCAUCCAAUGGACAAACCAUCCAAAAAUACAUGACGGUAACUUAGAAUGUUCAAGUAUUUCAAGAUUUUCUUUACCGAAUGUCUUUAUUCAGCUAAUUCUCACCAAUAUAACUUUUUCGAUCUCUUUGCGAUAUUCUCGUGUCUUUGACAAAUAUGUUAUUACGAAUCGGAAAUUAAUUUCUCGUAUAGUUCUAAAUAAAACUUAACUUCUCUGUACAAUUUUCUUUCUGUCCCUGGAUUUAGCUUUGUGUUCUAUAUAUUUUUCCCAAGCUCUGUUAUUUGAAAAUAUUUCUUUCCGAUACCUACGUUAGGAAACUAUACGUGGCAACAGCAUCACGUAUCGCUAGAGAAGUGUCACUUUCAAGAAAUCUUAUGUUAUUACCUUUCUGUCAUGACAAUAAUUAUAAAAUUUUUCAAAACCAUUCAUAAAUGCACAUAAAGCACUCAACACCAGUAAAAUUAACCUACUCAAUACGUUGUUCAAGGAAUUUGUAAAUAUUACUAUUUACGUAGGAGAGCUAGAGCUACAUCAAUCAACGAUAAUUAGUUUCAUUGCAAUUUUGCCAUAAUAAAUUUUACAUAAUGUGAUGAAUUCGUCAGACAAACAAAAUCAUGGUUUGUUAUAAAAACACACUUUUAACACAAUAAUAAUUGAAUUAAUUCAUAAUUUACUUAAUAAAAAGAUAGCACAUAGCAAUUUAUUGGUUCUCCUUAUAUUGGAAAAUUCAAUACUACACUGCGCAAAUCAAAAAUUCUAUCUCUUUUUAUUGCUGGUUAAUUAUUCAUAACUUAAUAUUUUUUCAUAUUAUUGAGAAGUGAUAAUAAAUUCAAAGUUGUAUUAUUGAGUAUUAAAUCGUAACCCGAUACAUUAAUCACAGUUAACAUUUUGAUUUUGGUAUCUAAAAAUGUUAUUUCAUUUAUUCAUAUGAAUCAUAAUCAAGAAUGUAUUUCUAUCAGCGAUAGUUACUAUAUUUAUUUUGAUAAGCUAUUAGUAACCCGAUUUUUUAUUGUAUAUUUUCGUACAGGCAUAGAUUAAUAACCAAAUCAAUAUUGUAAAAAUUAUUUUAUUAAUAAGAAUAAGUUAAAAUAUUCCUUAAUUAAGUAUUAAAGUAAACAAGUAGUUGCACAUCUCUUGAAAAAUACACUAGUUUACACGGUUUUCAUAUUCCAGCUGAAAAUUGUUAUUUAUUGUUUAUUAAUUAUUCGGCCAAGUUGGAGUUCCUGGAACCGUUUGUGAUAUUUAUAAUCAACACUUAUCCAGAAAAACUAAUAAAAAUUUUGUAAGGUCUGUUUCAAAAAAGAUUUAUUUAGCUAAAUGAGUUACAUAAUAUUGGUAUUAGUACUAAAAAUGGCGAAUUUCCUUCUUUUCCUAGUUAUUUCAUCAGCUUCUCUUAUAAUUUGUCAACAGUGAACCUUCAGUACAUGUUUCUAAAAAAUUCCUCGUUCUCCAAUUAGACUAUACUUUUAAGGGUCUACGAAUAAGUGCUUUAUCAUAAUUUUAAUUUAUUACUUCAAGCUCCGAGAUAUCAGUGUAAAAAUAGUAUCCGAUACAAAACAUGAGUAAAAUUUGUUUUUGUUUCUAGGCAACGGAACUUUGGUGUUAGCUAAUAAAUUCCAUUUUUGUAGGCCAGAAACGAGAAGCCAGAUAAUUGUAAAGCUCUUAUAAAAUCAUUUAAUUCAGAUUGGUUAAUUAAUCAACGUUACAUGCAUUUUCAUCUAGUUUAUCUAUAUUCGAAUUACCGAGACAAACUGGACGUAGGAGUCAACGAAUGGGCGUAUAACAGAGACUUUGGGAUAUUCGUGUCUAGGAUAGUCCUGCCAAACGCAAUCUACUAAUACUGGAAAAUAUUUUAUGUCCACUUAACCUAACUUACCUGUAUCUAAGAGCUCCUAAGAAAACUAGUGCCCUUCGAAGAUGACGUUGUUUUUUAAGCAUAUCUUCUUAAAAACCGUUACUUACAUUCUUUAAACAUUGUAUAAGUAUUUAAUGAAAUAUUUUUAACCUGCGUACUCUACGUGGGGGAAAAGAGGUACGUUUUAUAAAAAUUUUGGUGCAUUAGUUCUUUGAUCAAUUUUUUCAUAAAUUUGAAAGCCAUUAGGUGUUUUUGAAAAAAUGCGCUAAUCUUUCGCUAUUAUGUGCUGUUUUUAAGAAAAAUCAAUUACUACUACGAUCUACUUAAAAUCAUUAGUUUAUGCCGUUUCAAUAAAAACUCUAUUCAUCGUAUUCAUUUGUGGAAGAAGAGUGGGUGAUGAAAUAUAAAAUGUCUGAACAGUUAGACAAUAGUUACAGAAAUGAUUAGAUUUAUAUCUAUUAGAUUAGAUGUUAUAAAAUUCAAUGAUAAUCUUAAUUUUUUUCUGAAAAUUUUAUGCUAUGUAAAAAUAAGAAUUAGCUCGCUUUGCUGGCUAUGAAGGGGGGCAUUGUCCAUGACAUUUAUUCAUCACGGUUUUAUUUUCUGAAGUAUCAUUUUCUGCCAACCUUCAAAUAUUUGGAGCAUCCAUAUUUUCUGGUUUUCAAAUCGAAACAUUAGAAGGCCAUCUCCUAGAAAUCCCUCAUUAGAUUCGUCGUUGUCAUGUAGAUAAUAAUAUAUAAUAACCGUAAAAUUAGUCAAAAACCUGAUACCUAAAAAAUUCCAAAAAAUUCAUCCAAUGCCUCUACUUUAAGCAAUCCUCACGGCAAUAACAAAUCGCAGUUUUAUAGUAUAGGCUUAUAUAACGUGAAGCUUGUAGGUAGUGUUUUUUGCUUUGGUUUUAAAACUGACUUAAUUGAAUCAUUACCAAAGGACGCUAACUCUCUUGGAAGGUAAAUUCGGUCAGUUGAACAUCUGUACAUUUGGCAGAAAACUUUCUAGACACCUUGUAUAUUUGUCUUAUUUAUUUAUAUAUAUAUAUAUAUAUAUAUAUAUAUAUAUAUAUAUAUAUAUAUUAUAUAUAUAUAAUGUCUCACAACACAGAGGUAAUAAGCAUUUUCAUGAUUACUAUUACUACUACUACUUGGCAUUAGUGAAGAUUUAUAUUGUCUCCUGAUGACCAUGGAGUAAAAAGAUUCAACUGUUUUCACAGAAGAUACUAGUUUCUAUCUAGGUUUGCUACAGGAAAUAUGAAAUAAUAAAGAUAUGCACUUUCAAACAAAUCCUCAAUCGGUCUUUUUCUUUUUUAAAAUAUAACCUGACCAUAUAUGUAGCCAAAACGAUUAGAACUUUGUUUAUACUUUCUACUCAUAUUUGAAUUCAAUUUGUAACAAAAUAUUUUUUUCGUUUCAAACGACGAUGGGUAGUUAAAAAAUAUUUAACGGCAGAUUGUAACGUGAUUUUAUUUUGAUGCCUUUGGGGCUCGUAAGAGAUUGAAAUUUUUAAACUAGUGAUAUUAAUGAAAUAAAUGUAUUGUAACAGACUAUAAAAACUUAUAGUAUAGUUUUUUUUAUGAUUGAAAACUAAAGAAAUAAAAAUGUAGUUGCUUAACACGUAUCGAUUCCUAAAUAGAAACAUAAAAUACCUAGGUAUGUAAUACUAAUAGAGGAAUUUAAAAUAUAUAGCAAUUAAUAAUUUUUUCAAAUUUCAAUAGCAUGUACCUCUUACUGGUGAAUCUUGGGUUUCUAUUAGACUAAAAGAAUCUGCUAGACACUCAGGAAACUUUAUUUCCGGCAAUGUUUUGUUUUGUUUUAUUUUGAAGAUUCGUUGAAGAUAAUAUAUGUUUUGGAAAGCUUAUUAAAGAGAUGUUAAAAAAUGUAUUAUAGUAUUUUGAAUUUUUCAACAACAUUUCAUUUAAUCCAAGAGCAUAAACUUUCUGCGAAGUUUUAAUUUUUAAAAAUUGUAUGAGAUCUCAUACAUAUUUUUUUAAAAUAUCAAAGUUCAAAUUUUUAAACUUUUAUCGAAUAUGCAUAUUUUAUUAUAUAUUAAACAUUAAAGAAUUCAAAUGUCAGCACAAAAUUGCCCCCAAGCUUCACUAAACUUGGGUUAGUUUAAUUGGAGUCGUUCUCGUGUAGUGGACAAUGCUAUUACAUAUAGUUAUAAAAUUAUAUUUUCACUUAAUUAAUACAUUCUUAUUAUAAAAAUAUUUUGUUUCAUCUGUUACAGUACAUUCAUGACUUAUUUGUCUAUAAAUAUCUACAAUACAAGUAUCCUCAUAAAAAAAUAAGAUUAAAACUAUCCGGUCCAAAUUUCAAUUGGUAAUUCUGUCAACUUCUGUUAUUGUAUUCAUUCAAUUCUAUUGCAAAUGUUUUCAAUAGUAAAAAUUAUUUGUUGUUAACAUUUAUUUUACUUCGUUUUAUCAAAAAUUGAAUGAAGCUUACUUAUUAUAAUUAAAUCGUCCUAUAUAUUAUUAUGUAUUUCGAUAAAGCUACUUUUGAGAAAUCUCUCAAUUUAUGGUUUUACUUCCUUAAAUAGAAUGUUUUCCGAAAUAUCUACCAAUUUUAUUACGAAACUUGAAAUAAGUAUUCUCUUACACUUGAAAAAAGAAUAAUUUUCAAUAUACAUUAAUUAUCUCUGAUCAGAAAUAUUAAACACAAUAAGAUUCUAUUCAUAUUUAUCAUUUAUAUCCUUUUCAGCAUAAAGUGGUAUAGGCAAUUAUUUAUUAUUAUUAUUUCAUCACAAAUUUUUUAGCUUUCUUUCUUCUGUUCGGCUUAUUAAUGUUAUUUACUCAUUUAUGUCUUCAUAUCUCGACAGCGAAUUAAUACUUAUCGAAAACGUCCAGAGAUGAAAAAUAUUGUUACCAUUUUAAUUAAAAUUUAAAAUAAUUAGCUUUAAUGGGAACGCACUGUAUGAUUGACAUUCUAAUAAAAACAAUUCAAUAAUGAAAUCGCCAUAAACGAAAAGUAUUUUUGUAACUCCAUGUGUUUUUAUAUUGAAGUUACUUACAAUAUUUAUAACUGUUUGUCUCAUUUCGUGGAGUGAGGAUGAAUAUUUGCAAAAAUUAUAGAGGAAAACAAUAUUAACGUUAACCAACGAAAUCAGAACGAAUAUGUUCCAAUUGAAAAUACAUAGCACCCGAUGCAUAAUAUUUAUUGCUACACAUUUUGAAAACUAAUACCAUUAAUCUAAUUAAUUUUGUAUAGAUAAAAUGACGUACAAAUGUACUUUUCGCAAUUAAUUUACACGAAUAUUAGAUACGGUUUAUUAUUAGAAAAUGAGAUAUUUGGGUUAGAAGUCGUAUAUUAAGAAUAUUUAAAAUCUUUGCCGAUUUCAUUCUAUUAACUUACAUUUUUAACAUGACAUUGAAAAAUUGUUUCAUUUCGAGUUAACCUUCUCAAUUUUUAGCUAAUAUAAUAUAUACAAUGAAAACUAAACCUACCAGAAACCCAAAAAACUGGAUUCCAAAUUAAAGAAAAAUAUAGUUUUAUUACCAUAUGUAUAAUUUAAAAUAUUAGAACAAUAAAUGAAAUUUCAUAAUGGACAACAAUCUACCUGGUAUUGAAAUCCAAAUAUAUCAAGUUAGAAGAAACUAUCUAGAUUUGUGAUGAAAGUAUGAUUUCUAAUAUUUAAUAAGAAAUAAAAAUACAUACCUUCAAUUUUUAUAUCAAUUUCUUAACCAAAUGUCAAAUGAGUAUGAAACAUACAACUAUAUCAACCUGGGUAUGAUCUUGACGAGAGCACAUUCUGAUAGUGACCAACUUUUUUUUUAAGAUAAACAGGAUCUUCAUUUAUUUCAGAAAUUAAAUAGCUGCCCAAAAGAUUGAAAAAAUUAACAUUCCAGGUGUAGAAAAUGUUUCCUUAUUAAUUAAACUUCUAAGUAUUAUAUAAAACUUUUGAGUUUUUGGCUAGGGUCAAGUUUUCGUUGAUAAACACUAAAUAGAAUAAUAAAUACAAAAGUGGUGAGCAAAUAUUUGGCGGCUUUUUAAAACUAUUGGCUACUCAUGAAAAUAUAAAUAUUUACAAAAUGUCAGAUAAAAAAUUCCUAUGAGCAAUUUAUUGUAUAUCUCUUUCUAAUGUUAAGCUUAAUCAGCAUACUGUUAAAAAUUGUGAAAAGUGUAUCUAUAGUUUUAACCCGUAUCUAAAUAAUUAUUCGUGCUAAAAAUAUGAAGUAUUACUGUGAUUUAAAACCUUGUAAAGUAGUCAUGUUGAGCGAAAGUUACAACGAACAGGUCUCGUUGUAUCUUCAGGUCACGCUCUCUUGUGACUUCUUUAAUUCUAGUCAUGUUUAGCAGAGUGAUCUUGACUGAUAUAUCUACUCCCUCCGGUGUUUAUGACAAUUUCUGCUUUAUUGAACACUCUGUAUAUUAUUUAGUUCUAUAAUCCGGUGUAUACUCCAAGUUAAUAGAUCUCUUCAUUUCAAUACUUUAUGUCAGGAUUGUUUAAUUCAUUAAAAUAUAGAAAGAGUUUCUGAAGUUGCUUUGUAAUUGAAAUUAAUUGUUAAUGUUUUAACAGGUCACGUACAAGUAAAUAGAACAGAAUAAAAUUUUAGACAAAUAUUUUCAUUUAUUAACUGUUAAUUUCCAAUGUUUGUCAAAAAUUUGAACAAAAAAACUGUUUCGUUUACUUAGUAUUCUAAAACAUUACAAUUAAAGAUUGAACUUUUCAUAAUAUAUUCAGUAAUAUUGAAUACAAUACCUACUAAAAAUAAAGUAUAGAAUUAUCUCAAAAACAAUUUAGUAUUUUAAUAUUAAUUUCUCAGUUUAGGUAGGUGUUGUAUAAAAUCUAAUAAUAAUCUAAUUGAGGAGCUUAGGCUUAUUAAAGCAACAAACAGGUUACCAGAUACUCUAUUCUUUCUAAAAUAAGAACAGUGUUAAAUAUAUUAUUGUUUGUAAUAUUUAGAUAGAUGUCUUCCAAAUAACAGUAACAAGCUAUAGCCUGUUAUUUGUCUUAUUUGAAUAGACUUAAUAUAAGCAAAUAGAUAUUAAACGAUUUUUAUGGAGGUUGUGACAGUUGAAAUAUAUUAAUUCAAAAUAGCUCGAUACUAACUGCCCUUCAGACACUAACAAAGCUAUGCUCCAUUCAUACAGAAAUGUUAACACAAACACAGACUUUAAUGGUUCAAUUUGUGUCGUUGAUUACAUGUUGUUAUGUAUAAGUGCCUAGUUUCUCCUGGCUCAAAGGAAAUAACUGAUCUAAUUCACUUUAGACAGCAUUAAUAGAUUGAAAAUUGUCACAUUACGAUUAAUUUUUGAUUAUAAUCAUUUAUUAAUGAAAAAUAAUGAUAUAAUAUUAAAACACAUUACCAAAGAGUCAGUUCAGAGCAUCAUGACAGGAAAAUCUUUCUACCUAUAAGGAGACCAAAUUCUCAGAAUCUUACAAAAUCCAAUGCUCUGAAGCUACUACAUUAGAAUGAAUUUGUUAAAAAUACAUUUUAUUAAAAAAGGAAACUAUAUUAGGUGUGAAAACAUAAUUGCCAAAUCCCUCUUGGUACUUUCUGCAGAUUUACAUAUAUGUAGUAGUUUUAUUUAUCAAAUUUGAUUGUUAACAGCUUGUUAUGUAUGUAACAUUAACUUCCAUUUUUUAACGUAUAUAUACAGUAAUAAGAAGUUACAUUUGAUAAGCGCUAAUUAAUUGUUAAAAGUAUGGUUCAAAUUGUGUGAUAAUAAAUUUUCUAAUACUUUUUUAAUUCCGUAAGUUAGUUUAAAUUGUCUAAGACAACAAUGGAUUGAUCUAUUAACUAUUCAAACCCAUUUAAACUUAAUAAUGAAGAGUUAAAUAAUAAUAUUGUUUUAAUGUAAAUAUAUAAAGUAACAAUUAUUUCUUAUGCGUACUUAUAGAAUCGGGUGAUAUUUAACCAGUGCCAUUGGUAUUGUUGAUUCUGUUGUUAGGUGAAAUAUUGUACUAGUUAUUAUCCUUUAGUUAUUUAGAAUGUAUUAAUUCAAUUUGUAUUAAGUAUAAUAAAUCAGAGGGUUUAUCGUUUAAUA